AUGGCGUCCUCGGGAGGGUCAGACGAGCAGGUGAUGGAUCAGAGGAAGAGGAAAAGGAUGGAAUCGAACAGGGAAUCGGCGAGGCGGUCGAGGAUGAAGAAGCAGAAGCAUCUCGACGAUCUGACGGCCGAGGUGGCUCGGCUAGCUAAGCUGAAUGCUCAGAUUUUGGCAGCGAUUGGCGCCACCAAGCACCGCCUUGUAGCCGUUGGGGCCGAGAACUCAGUCCUCAGGGCUCAGGUGGUGGAGCUCGCGCCGAGGCUCGAGUCGCUGAACCAGAUUUUGGACUACGUGAACACCGCCGCCGGCGGAGGCUGCGUCUUUGAGGCGGAGGAGUCUCCGCAUCUGGGGUUUGGCGAUGGUUUUUGGAGCGGCGCGUGGCCGAUUGUGGCGUCUGUGGACGCGUUCGAUUAUUGUUGA